AGCACCACAAUAGCAUAAUAACCAUUCCUAAAAACACUCAUCAGUAGUCAUUCGUUCGGUUUACUAGAAGUUUUUUGAUCUACGUAAUUAAAAUUAUGAACGUGGUGAACGAUCUUGUAAAAAUUAUGAAUCAAAUUCGCGGCAAAGAGAAUAUCUUCGGGUACAAGUCGACCAUAGCAAAUCAAUUCUAUUUGGCCUACUGCUUCAUGGGAGGAAUCUACGUUAGCAAGAAAUUUCACCGACAUACCAAACUUGUUUGGUUUUCAUGGACGCUUUCUAUGGUUUUACUGUGUCUUUUUCAAUUUGUAUCCUAUUUUUUGUACGGUGAUAAGAAAGAUAUUGCGGCUCUGUUGUACGCUGUAUUUGUAUUCGUUGUCACUUUUUUCGCAUGUUUUUUAGUACCUUAUAUCUCGGUGUUUCAUUUUGACAAAAACUUACACGAUGUGAUCCAAAUAGCCGAUUAUAUUAUUAUUAAACAUAAUAUUCACAAAAAGAGCACGGAAUUAUUAAAAAAACUGCUUCUGUAUAUUAUUCUGUACGAGUGUUUAACUGCUUUCAUAUAUUAUUCGAGUUGUUUUCUGAGUGUAAUAUUUUUUUAUGAAGAAGAAAAGGUUAAAAACCACAACUAUUACUUUGUCUACGCACCAAAACUUGACCAAUACGGAUCUCCUCAACUUUUCGUAAUUUAUAAUACCAUCGCAGCUUUAUGUUCUUUAUCGAUAGGUGUGAGUUAUCCCAUGAUUUCAUUUAUGCUUAUAUUUUGCACAGUUAUAUUUCAAAAUGGAAUGCAACAAAUUAUAAUUGACCUGAACUCACUGGAUUCAAAUAAUGUUAUGACCGUCGAAACUUAUAAUAUCGUUGAGCCAAAAUUCAAAAGCGCUAUUAUGAAAUGUAUACGCGAUUUUCAAGUUGCUUGCAAAAUGAUCGAAUGUUUCAAAGGCUUUUAUGAGAAAUUGGCUGCAAUUAUGUUACCAACUGUGCUUUUAUUUGAGAUCACACAUGCCUUUAUCUUUCUAUUGCCGGGUAUCUCAACAGCAGUCAGACUACAGGAAAUAUUUAUAUUUUUUCCAACUAUCCAACCGGUAUUCCUGUUAUGUUGGACAGGAGAAAUUCUGGAAGAAUCAGUACAGAAGUUAUCUUUUGCUGUAUACUCUACUCCAUGGUAUUGGUCGACAUCGCUCCGCAAAGAUGUUUAUAUAUUUCUGUGCCAAACUCAAAGACCAAUGACUGUAACAGCGCUAGGGGCAUAUCCACUUCGCUUGGCAACGUUUUUACGUUUUAUGAAUGUGAUACAGUCGUCAGUCAACGUUUUACGAGCGAUUAUUUCGAAAUGAAACAUUGAUACAGCGAGAGAAGUAUAGGUAUACCUCAACUGUUAGUCGCCAAUCUGUUCGAGGGAAGGAAAUACAAAAAAAGGCCUGCCUAUGCCUCUACCGAUUCUGUUUUUACCAAUUCAGAAAUUUUUGUUCCGGUUGGGAUACUUUUCUUGUUAGGCUAAAUCAAACAUCACCGUUUUAUGUUGAUUUUUUCACUUAAAUUUUCCAUGGAAAGUCAAGUUGAACAAAAUAAGAAUAAAAAAAAAAUGAUCCAAUGCGGAAAUGAAUAUUAUGUCAAAAAAUAAACGAAUUUUGUUACGAUCAUUUUUUUUCUUACUCUAAAAUUUUAUCAUAUAAAUUGGUA